AUGGCAUCCUCCUUGACGGGCUACGUCAGCAUUCCUCGUUGUCCGGUGAUUUUUGGUGGCACCAACUAUGUUGAGUUUGCCGGCUUCACGCAGAAUCACCACCCAAGCGCGCGCGUGCGAGCUAACCCUAACCACAACUCGGCUCGUCCGUACGUGCAGCUCCUCCUGGCGGCCGAAGCCGGCGACCUCCCCCUCUUCAAGAGGACGGCGGGGGCGCUGGACGGCGGCAAGGGUCGCCUGAGGGAGGCGGUGGAGGGCGCGAUCGCGAGCGAUUGCGGCUGUGGGGCUUUGCACGUCGCCGCCGCUCACGGGAGGUUACCCGUGUGCGCCUACCUGGUCGAGGACCUCCAAUUUAAUGUCGACGCCCUCGACCACAAAGGUGAGACACCUCUGAGUUAUGCAGUUGUUAAAAAAGGAACUGUGAACACUGUGAGGUAUCUUCUUGAUCAUGGUGCCAAUCCAAAUAAGCCUGGUGGUGAUCGAGACGGUACUCCUCUCCAUCUCGCAGUUGCAGAAGGACACUGUGAAAUAGUGAAGGUCUUGCUCUUAAAAGGAGCUGAUGUCAAUUUGUUUUCCUACUGGGGGACACCACUUUAUAUUGCUGCUGCAUCUGGGUUCGAUGAUGUUAUGAAGAUUUUGUUGGACCACCAUGCAGAUCUUAACAAAGCAGUUUGCAUUGUCAGUACACCUCUCAUCAUUGCUCUCCGAGCUCACAAGCAGAAAUGUGUGGAACUUCUGAUUGAGGCUGGUGCUGAUCUGAAGGGUGUUGGUAGUGCUGAUCCCCUAAUAAUUGCUACAACUGAGGGCUUAACUGAGUGUCUCAAGUGCUUGAUAAAGGCUGGUGCUGAUCCUAGCGUCCCCGAUGAUUUUGGACGCCUGCCAAUAGAAGUUGCUGCGUCUCUCAAUAGCCGAGUAGACGUUGAGAUCCUAUUUCCGCUAACUUCUCGUAUUCCAUCUGUGCAUGAUUGGAGCAUUGAUGGGAUAAUUGCUCACGUAAAAUCAAGAAAGGAGGAUGAUCCUAUUCUGAAAAUGGAUCCAGCUAAUUUGAAGUUAGAAGCAAGCAAAGCAUACAAGAGAAAUGAUUAUAUUACUGCAGCAAGGAUCUACUACAGGGCGUUGGCUCACAACCUGGAGGAUUUAACAUUGAUUUCAAAUAGGAGCCUUUGCUGGCUUAAGAUGGGUCAAGGAGACAAAGCUUUGCGGGAUGCUCAAAUUUGCAGACGAGAGCGCUGUGAUUGGCCGAAGGCCUGCUACCGGGAAGGGGCUGCUCAUAUGCUAUUAAAGGACUAUGAAAAGGCGCGUGAUGCAUUUGCUGAUGCUCUCAAGUUAGACCCAGGGAACACUGAGAUUGAGAAUGCCUUAAGGGAGGCUUUACAUUCCUUGAAGAUGUCAUAUGAUAACCUGAAAGACCACUGAAGUGUCAUCUGCUCCGAAAAGGAAACAUCAUGCUUAGCAACACUGACUUAUCUAGUUCCUCCUUUUUUGUGUGUGUGAGGACAUUCAGUUGGGAAGAUCCACCGGUGUAUUAUGUUUAUGAGUCCAAGAUGAACAAUGGGUCUCAGGUUUCUGGCAUGUGUAGGACUUCUUGCGCUCCCAGGCAUGUAUGAUAUAAUGUACCUACUAGUGUGUCUGUGCGCACUCGUGUGGGACAUCUGAUGGUUGCUC